AUGCUCUUUGCAGUUGCUAUCAAGACAGUUGCUGAGUCUCCAGACACGGUGGAGCCAACAUAUCUUCGGCCCACCAGGACUUCACAGCAGCUCAUGGUUGGCGGCAAUCCUUUUUUGAUGCUCCCGGGUCAAAUGCACAACUCUUCCUUUUCUUCUGCGGAGUACAUGUCCAAAAUGUGGCCAAAGAUUGAGUCAAUGAACAUUAACACAGUCCUAGGAAGUGUAACCUGGCAAAUGAUUGAACCGACAGAAGGCAAUUUCGAUUUCAGCGAGCUAGACCAGAUUAUCCUUGACUCUCGAGAACACAGCCUUCACCUUGUCCUCCUCUGGUUCGGAAGCUUCAAAAGUGCCACAUCCACAUACGUGCCGGAUUGGGUGAAGCAAGACGUCAAACGCUUUCCAAGGGUUCAUAUACUUGUUGAUAACGGGAAGCUCAAGACUGUCGAUUUGUUGAGUCCUUUCAACGUUGAAGCCUGUAGGGCGGACGCAAAAGCUUUCGCUGCCCUGAUGCGCCACAUCAAAGAGAUAGAUUCGCAGUACUCUACUGUGUUGAUGGUCCAAGUUGAGAACGAAUGCGGAAUGCUGGGUGACAGUCGAGAUCGAUCUUACGUUGCGACUGACAGCUUUGAGUCCACAGUUCCGGAAGACCUGUUGAAGUAUCUGACGACAGAGACUGAACUACAUCUGAUGUUCAGGAAACGCUGGCCAUAUCUCAAGCAGGCACUCGAGCAUUGCGAGAACACUAGUUGGGAGUCCGUAUUUGGAUACGGUGUUGCAACGGAGGAACUUUUUAUGGCAGACGUCUUCGCUCGCUACGUCGCUUGGGUCGUAACAGCUGGAAAGAGGGAGUAUGAUAUUCCGAUGUAUACAAAUUGCUGGCUGAGUCCUGAUGGCCUGUCGACACUGGACCUGAAUACUAUCACAAAAGGCAGAAGCACAUCAGCCGUAGCUGGCGGCUCUCACAAAGUAGGUGCAUACCCCUCUGGUGGGCCUGUGCCACAUCUACUUGAUAUCUGGUACAUGCAUACAAUCGACAAAGGCCACCUCGACUUCAUCAGUCCAAACCUGUACCUCCAUGACUAUGGUUGGAUUUGCAAGCAGUAUAGUUACAAGAAAAGACCAUUAUUCAUACCCGAGCAGAGGGCGGACAAUGCAGGUGCCAGAAGAGCAUGGCUCUCCUAUGGCAGCUACAGCUGCAUUGGCUGUAGUCCCUUCGGCAUCGACACUGUGCUCUCGAGCGAAGCGGACAGAAAGAUCUGGCAGCAUACCUACGGUCUACUCCAUCGCUUGAGUUCCCAUAUCCUCGAAGCACAAGCACAACGUCCAGAAAGCAUGUUUGGCUUCUUCUUCGACGAGUUCGACAGCCGCAACGUGCACGAAGAAUGGCGGUACACCUUCAGCGACAUCGCCAUGGAAGUCGUCGUAGAAAGAGCUCUCGUGCUUGGAACGCCUGCACCAGGAUACGGUCUUGUGAUACAUCGAGGAGAAGGUAAACUUCUGCUUGCUGGUGCAGGAUUUCAAGUCUCCUUCAAGAGUACUAAUCCCAGAGCAACGUUUACGGGUAUCCUUUCUGCUGCUGAAAAGGAGAUCGAUGAAGAUGGCACACUACGGACUGCUAGAGUGUUGAAUGGUGAUGAGAUUGCAAGUGGCAGGUCUAUGGUUAUGCCGUCGGAGCAGCCUGAUCAUGGCGGUUUUCCGAUGAGAAUCACAGUUCCUGCGAGGACAUAUGUUGCUGAGGUUGUGGCUUAUAGUCUUGAGGAAGACGAAGAGGAUAUUUGA